AUGAUGAUGAUGAUGAUGGCUAAGAUGGAAAUCAGCGGCUGCUGCUUCAAGCACAUAGUUAUAUUGUGCUGUUUAUUAACUUGUUCUUCACUCAUUCUAAUUAAUCUCGUACUGUUAUUAAAUCUGUCGUCGUCUCUGGGAAUAAGCCGAUCAUGCUUCUGCUGGGAGAAGCAGAGCUGCUGGGCAAGAAAUGCAAAGGAGGAAGCUGAAGCAGUAGCGUCGAUCUCUUGCUCAGGCCAUGGAAGGGCCUUCCUGGACGGUCUAGUGCUUGCUACUCAUGAUGAUGAUGAUGGCAAGCCUGUCUGUGAAUGCAACGCCUGUUAUGGUGGAUCUGAUUGCUCUCAACUCUUGCCUGAUUGCCUUGUUGAUGCAGAUAGUGGUGAUCCAACAUUUUUAGAGCCGUUUUGGGUGAAGAAUGCAGCUAAUAGUGCAGUAGUGAUAUCAGGGUGGCAUCGUAUGAGCUACGUAUUCAGUGAUGGGUCUCUGAUCUCAAAAGAGUUAAAGAAACACAUAGAAAGAGUGCAUUCCAUUACUGGGAAUGCCAUAACACAAGGAAAAUACAUUAUAUUUGGGGCUGGAGCUACACAUCUUCUUCAUGCAGCAAUACACUCACUUUCCAGCCAAGAUUCGGCUUCGGCUUCGCCUGCAAAUGUUGUUGCUUCCAUCCCAUAUUACCCGGUUUAUAAAGAGCAGGUUGAGUUCUUCAAAUCUGAGGAUUAUAAAUUCACUGGGGACAGUGCAAAGAGGAAGGAAGAAGAUGAUGGUUUGAACACAUCAUCAUCAACCUUAUUAAUAGAACUUGUGACAUCGCCAAACAAUCCAGAUGGAAGAUUGAGAAAGGCUGUUCUUGAAGGACCUUCAGUGAAGAAAGUUCAUGAUCUUGCUUACUAUUGGCCCCACUUCACACCAAUCCCACAUCCCGCAGAUGAGGAUGUUAUGAUUUUCACUUUGUCUAAGCUCACCGGUCAUGCCGGAAGUAGAUUUGGGUGGGCGAUAGUGAAGGAUGAGGCUGUUUACAGAAAAAUGUUGACAUACAUGGACUUGACUAUAUUUGGCGUAGCAAGAGAGACUCAGUUAAGAGUUCUAAAGCUUUUAAAAGUUGUUCUUAAUAAUGGAAAUGGAAGAGAAAUGAUUGAAUUUGGACAUAACAUCAUGAGAAGCAGAUGGAUGAAAAUUAGUCAAACUUUGUCUCAAUCAAAACGAUUUUCCAUUCAGCAACUUGAAUCUCAAUAUUGUUCAUUUUUCCAGCAAGUCAGACUUCCAUCUCCAGCUUUUGCGUGGGUGAAGUGUGAAAGGGAGGAAGAGAAAGACUGGGAUCAAGUUCUCAAGACAUUUAAUGUUACCGGACGUGCCGGUAGCCUGUUUGGCGCGGAAAACCGUUAUGUUCGUUUAAGCUUAGUGAAGAGCCAACAUGACUUCGAUUUAUUAUUGCAACAACUUAAAAAAGUGGUUUCUGAAGAACGUGAUGAUGUCUCACUCAUGACUUCACCUUCUCCAAUAUAUGUGAAUUAA